GCAACAUGUUGUGGAAGGAUGUGUUCGAUCAACAUAAUAAUCGCGGCGGUAGUAAAUUGUUGCUAUCGCCUUGGCAAGUUUUUACCUUAAUUAUUAUAGGCUGGUCCGCAGCUACCGGAAAAUGUGAAGUCGGUACCUUUGAAAAACUAGUUAUGCCCGACACUUACGUGAAUCUCAGCGCAUCAGCAACGCCACAAGGCCGUUCCUAUGCGCCACGUUCUUACUAUGACGCUGGCACCGAAUGCACAGUCGGCACAGAGUGUACCCCGCUACACGAUUGCACGGCGAUGAUCUACGAAGUGGCCAAACGCUGUUACUACGGUGAUAAAUCAUUAUUUUGUGGCGGCGGUGAAGAAAUGCCUUAUGUCUGUUGUCCUAGUAGUCCGCUUGAGAAGAAUCAAGUGUGCGGCAAGUCGCUGGUGCAAGGACACUUUUAUCGCGGGCUUGGCACGCAUCCGUUCGUGGCGCGUGUUGGUUUCAAACAUAUCAAUACGGGCGCUUUUGCAUAUCCCUGCGCAGGCUCGGUCAUCGCCAGACGCGUCAUUUUAACAGCCGCACAUUGCGCUUUAGCCAAAGCGGAAGGACAUCGUCUCUCUUCCGUGCGUGUGGGCGAAUACGACACGUCCAACGAUCCGGAUUGCGCGAGCACUGGAUUUUGUGCGCCUCGCUCGGUCAAUCACGCGAUUAGCCAUGUGAUCGUACAUCCAGACUAUAAACAGGGCCAGUAUCAUCAUGAUAUCGCUUUGUUGGUGCUGAAAACGCCACUCAACUAUUCAGUCGCAACUCAACCGAUUUGCCUGCAAAAGUCACGCGCCAAUUUGGUGGUGGGUAAGCGCGCCACAAUCGCCGGUUGGGGCAAAAUGUCUACCUCUAGCACGCGUCAACCGGAAAUGGCACAUUUGGAUGUGCCGCUGACCAGUUGGGAUCUCUGUUUGCGUAAUUACGGUUCGACUGGCGCGCUGGAAUCGCCCAAUUCAAUUGAAGGACAGUGGAUGUGCGCGGGUGGUGAGGGUAAGGAUGUGUGUCAGGGCUUUGGCGGAGCGCCGCUAUUUAUACAGGAAAAUGGCAUAUACUCACAGAUCGGCAUAAUGUCUUUCGGCUCGGAUAAUUGUGGUGGCUUGCGCAUACCGAGUGUUUACACGUCGGUGGCUCACUUUGCCGAAUGGAUACACGACAACACGCCACCCGAAUAAACGUUUACAAUUUUUGUGUUUAUUUUUUGAAAAUAUAUUAAAUAUUAUAUUUUUGAAUUGCA